CGGAAAAGGGGCGGCCAUUUUUGGAACAGUUAGUGUCCUGUUUAUCGUGGCGUCAGUCAGUUGCGCAGUCAUCGUCGAUUAAACUCACAUUGAAGAGAAACAAUAAAAAUGGCUGACAACGACGACCUUUUGGAUUACGAGGAUGAGGAGCAGACUGAGGCAGUUGUUGAUGGAAGUGGUGAUGUUCCAGCCAAGAAAGAAGUCAAGGGAACCUACGUAUCCAUUCACAGCAGUGGAUUCAGGGAUUUCUUGCUCAAGCCUGAGAUUCUAAGGGCCAUCGUCGACUGCGGUUUCGAACAUCCCUCCGAAGUACAACACGAAUGCAUUCCACAAGCAGUCCUUGGCAUGGAUAUCCUGUGCCAGGCAAAGUCUGGUAUGGGUAAAACAGCAGUUUUCGUACUGGCGACAUUGCAACAGCUUGAACUCACUGAGAAUCAGGUCUAUGUUCUUGUCAUGUGCCACACACGUGAGCUCGCUUUCCAAAUCAGCAAGGAGUACGAGAGAUUCUCAAAAUACAUGCCUGCAGUCAAGGUGGGAGUGUUCUUUGGUGGUCUUCCCAUCCAGAAAGACGAAGAAGUAUUGAAAAACACAUGUCCCCACAUUGUCGUUGGUACCCCAGGUAGAAUUCUCGCCCUCGUGAGAACAAAGAAACUCAAUCUCAAACACCUCAAGCAUUUCAUCCUCGAUGAGUGUGACAAAAUGCUGGAAUUACUGGAUAUGAGGAGGGACGUACAAGAAAUAUUCCGUUCGACCCCCCAUGGAAAACAAGUCAUGAUGUUCAGCGCAACCUUGUCCAAGGAUAUUCGUCCAGUGUGCAAGAAAUUCAUGCAAGAUCCUAUGGAAGUCUACGUGGAUGACGAAGCCAAACUCACGCUUCAUGGACUGCAGCAGCAUUACGUUAAGUUGAAGGAGAAUGAGAAGAAUAAGAAGUUGUUUGAACUUCUCGAUGUGUUGGAGUUCAAUCAGGUCGUCAUCUUCGUGAAGUCAGUCCAACGAUGCAUGGCUCUCGCACAACUUCUCACAGAGCAGAACUUCCCAGCCAUUGGAAUACACAGAGGAAUGACCCAGGAGGAGCGUCUCUCCAGAUAUCAGCAGUUCAAAGACUUCCAAAAGAGAAUUUUGGUGGCUACGAAUCUGUUUGGUCGCGGCAUGGACAUCGAGAGAGUCAACAUUGUCUUCAAUUAUGACAUGCCAGAGGAUUCAGAUACUUAUCUGCACAGGGUAGCACGUGCUGGACGUUUUGGAACCAAAGGUCUUGCAAUUACACUGGUCAGCGAUGAGAGUGACGCAAAGAUCUUGAACGAUGUUCAGGAACGAUUCGACGUGAAUAUCACAGAGUUACCUGAUGAAAUUGACUUGGCCUCGUACAUUGAAGGCCGAUAAAAUAACUGACGACACUGAAUGGAAUCAGCACCUACUCUAUGCCACACUGGCAUCUAUAAAUCCAUUACUUGUCAAUGGAAAAAAAGCAAUAAAUGAGUUCAUAGGAAUAACAAAAACCGAGUUAACGAGUCUAUGAACAUUUUUUUUUGUUUUUACAAUCGUACGAAUCAAGUUCCUUUACCUUAUUUUCACAAGAGGACGAGACCAGCCGAGAAAGGGAAGGGGAACCGUUCGACCCAAAUGUUUGAAUAAUAAUCAAGAAAAUUACUUCAAUCGAUUACUCAUUAUCAUGUCCAGUGGGUCAUGGUCUCUGUACAUUAUUAUUUAUGGUAUUACUUGAAUUGUCUAAUUAUCUUCUUCCCAAGUAUUAGUUAUAUUGAUUAAUUAUAUGGUAACAUCAACUGUGUGAAAUACCUAGACGUAAUACAUUUUUUUAAGUAUUUGUGAUUUGAUUUUUUAAAUAAAAAAUCUUAAUUGGAGAGCAGAA